AACUGAGCUCGGAGGAGGAGCGCGCAUGCGCGCCGCGGGUGGAGCCGCUGGGCAAAGAACCGGAAACUUAAGAGACAAAGUUCCGAGCCCCGCCCCCCGCCGCGCUGCCCCACUGUCUGGCCCAGCGGACCCACGAACCGACCGAUCCACGCACGGACGAAUCUGCCCGCUCUUGAGAGCGCCAUGUCUGGUUCCUCCAGCGUCGCCGCUAUGAAGAAAGUGGUUCAACAGCUCCGGCUGGAAGCCGGGCUCAACCGCGUGAAGGUUUCCCAGGCAGCUGCAGAUUUGAAACAAUUCUGUCUGCAGAAUGCCCAACACGACCCCCUGCUAACUGGUGUAUCUUCAAGUACGAAUCCCUUCAGACCCCAAAAAGUCUGUUCCUUUUUGUAGUAAAAUGAAUCUUUGGAUGGUAAGUUGCCUUAAUAUUUAGACAGUUUUAAAAAAAUCUGCAUUGUUUAUGGGGAUGAUUUUUAAAUACUACCAACUGAUUUGGAUUAAUCCUGAUGUCAUUUCUCUAAUAGAACCCAGCUAUAACGCAGCAUAGCAAAGAAUUGGGAGUUGGGAAUGUAAGAGAAAA